CGGUGAAUGUGUCAAACGAUGAACUGCAUGUAUUCGCUGAAACAGAAAAAGAUACAUUCAUACUUGAGAUAUUUUUUUGGUAAACGAACAGAUAUUUAAAAAAAAAAACAGCCACAAAAAUGGAUGCAGAAUGCAAAGCGAUCGAAAAGAAAAUGCAAUCGGAGGUGGAUCAGUUCAAAUCUAUUCAAAAAGAUUUCAGUAAACUGGUGCAACAACGUGAACUCCUCGAUGGUCAAUUGAAUGAAAACAAAAGCGUUCUGGAGGAAUUGAAAAUACUGAAAGACGACAAUCAGGUAUACAAAUUGUACGGUCCAGUAUUGGUGAAACAAGAUCUUGAAGACAGUCGUCAAAAUGUAAGCAAACGUAUGGACUAUAUCAAGAAAGAAUUGAAGCGAUGCAAUGAUCAAAUCGAAGAUUUGGAAAAGAAACAAGAUAAACAUCGGGAAAAUAUUCAAAAAUUACAGCAAAAAUUACAACAACAAUAUCAAUCUGUUAUGGCAGCCGCUGGCAUGAAGUGAAACGUUUUAACGAAAACAAUUUUAUGUUUUUGCAUACACACACCACAUACUCUCAAUUUGUUCACAUUUCUUUUUUCAUGAAAUCGUUUUUCGAAUUAAAAAAAAAUAAAUCACUGGUGAAUAAUAAUAAUAAUAAAAAAAAUAAUCAUGAAACUAACUGAGUGGAAAGGUAUUUAUUGAGAACAAUAAAUGGAAAUCGUUGGAUGGAUGAAAUGAAAAGUC